AUGGCACACACCACCAAGGAGAACAGAGACAUAUACUACAGGAAGGCCAAGGAACAGGGCUUCAGAGCACGAAGCGCAUAUAAAUUGCUGCAAAUAUUCGAGUCGUUCCACAUAAUAUAUCCAAUACUGGACGAAAGAGCAGCGUUGUCGAUGUUAUUGAACUCACUCUGCGCAGACUGCGAACAGGAAAGCGUAAACUCAGGUUUAAGAGGCAGUUCAGACUCGAAACGUGAAGACUACGCUGACACAUUGGAGGAUUCGAACGGGAGCCCCGGCAAGGACGCCAACGAAGAGGUACACCGCGGAGAGGAGUUAAAGUUGACUGACCACGACAAGGUCAGGCGCAACUGCCAUAACCUGGGGAGAGUCAAAAACGUAGUCGACCUGUGCUCGGCCCCGGGAAGUUGGUCCCAGCUGCUGAGGAAUCUGGUCUACCACGACUACAACACACUCAAGAGCGCCUGCGAAAAGCUGCAAGCACAAGCAUCCGACAAGUGUAGCGGCUCGAAGGCGGCCGGUGGAGCCCCGAGCGACGUGAAAACACGCAGACUGUGCAAAAAACUGCUCGAGUACGUCAACGUUAUGCCCGCCAUCGUGGCCAUCGACCUGCAGCAAAUGGCGCCGCUGGAGGGCGUGCACUUCCUGAGGGGCGACAUAACGGACCCGAAGGUGCUGAGCCAGGUCCAGAGCCUGUUCGUGGAAAACGUGGCGAGGAACGUGAGCGACGUGUUUGAGGGCGGCAUUCCUGAGGAGCUUAAGAGGAACGCGCAGCUGAUAACGUGCGACGGGGCGCCGGACGUGAGCGGUCUCCACGAGACAGACUCGUUCCUGCAGUCUGCGCUGAUCAGGUCGGCGCUCUCAGUCUGCUACUCCCUGCUGGACACGGACGGCGCGUUCGUGUGCAAGGCGUUCUUCGGCUCCAGGGACGCGCCCAUGUUCAGGGAGGUGAGCUCCUUCUUCGACUACUGCACAAUUUUCAAGCCGCCCUCGUCGCGUCCGAACAGUUUUGAGCACUUCAUCGUGGCGCUGGGAUUUAAGCCUCUCGGCCACAUGCCAAUCGCGUUGUCAGAAAACGGGGCAGCCUCCGCCGUGACCCAUGAGCUUACAACUCUCAACGGAUGA